CAUUAGACAUGUGUCAAAAACGUCGUAAAAUUUGGUCGCGUUGUACUUGUCGUUGUUAAAGUUUAUAUAGUUAUUCUAAUAUUUACUAUUAUGAAAUUUUGGGGUCUUUCUGAUGAUAUUGUUUUGGUAUACUAUACCAUUAUAAAUGGAAAAACUAUCGAUAAGUAAAAGACGGUCAAAAAGAAAUAACUUUGUUGUAAAAGACGUGCUAUUUUUGCACAUCGAAUAUCGACUUCAAAAUGUGUGCUAAAGUGUUAUUGAUAUUUUGCUGUUUUUUUAUGGUUGUAUCUUCUACACACAUUACCGGUGAAUUUUCUACGAAUGACUUUUUUAAGUUUCUAGUGAAGUUUGGUUUCCAAAAGACCGACAUUCACUUUCAGAAAGAAACAUAUGGCUAUAUAUUCGGAAACAUUACUUCGAAGGAUGUUUUCAAAUAUCCCAUUACAUUCGCAGUUUUAGAUAGGGGACACUUUUUACAUUAUUACAAAAGCAGAGAUAUUGCUGACAAAGAAAUAGCAUGUCAGGUGAUGUUUCAAAAUUUAAACGAGUCCGCCUAUCAUCCGAAAUGCAACGCCUACGGUCAGGAUCUCUUCAGGCGCAUACCUUGUCCGAAAGGACAACUGUGUAUUGAUGAGGAUACACCAUGGAAUGUGAUAAAGAAGAAUCAAUUUACAUAUGUUAUACAAAACAGUGGACAGCCUAGGUUCUGGUAUGUGUCUAUGGUGGCUUGUUACCUGGAUGAGGAGACAUGCACAUGGCAUCACUACUCUGGUGCUCCGUCCAAAGGCAAUAAGGCAUUAACUGAGAUGCCGCAGACAAUAACAUAUGAUUUUUGGUUGGUCAAUGGAAGUCCCAACUUAUCCUUCUAUAAUACAUUGUUGUACCAAUUCUCAUUUGAUAGACAAAAUACUCUGGAAUUGUAUCUUGUGUUCUGGCUGUGUUACAUUAUAUUGUUGCCAGUACAAAUUUAUGCUGUAAGGACCCAAAAGCAUCCUGUGACAAAAUUAUUCACAUUCAGUCUUGUGCUGGAGUUUAUUGCUCUUUGCUUCAAUGUGAUACACACGGUGAAGUUUGCUGCAGAUGGUGUGGGGUUUGAAGGUUUAUCUGUUGCUGGAGAUAUACUCGACAUAAUGAGCAGAACAUUGUUCAUGCUACUAUUGCUUUUAUUAGCAAAAGGCUGGGCAGUGACUAGAUUGGAGCUCACAUACAAACCACUCGUGUUUGGUGUAUGGCUUGUGUAUGGAGUUGUCCACAUUCUACUAUAUGUUUGGAAUACAACGGAAGUAGACAUAAUAGAAGAGAUAGACGAGUAUCAAACAUGGCCGGGCUGGUUGAUCCUGUCGCUUCGGGUCGCCAUUAUGACAUGGUUCGUGCUAGAGUUACGACAAACAAUGAUGUACGAACACAACAUGCCAAAAUUGAAUUUCCUCCUACAUUUUGGCGCGUCCAGCCUGGUUUGGUUCGUGUAUCUACCGAUCAUAGCAUUGAUCGCGCUUCAGAUAAGUCCUCUAUGGAGGUUCAAGUUCUUGCUGGGUAUAACUUAUUCGGCGGAUUGCCUGGCAUUCUGUGUCAUGGCGCAUCUGCUGUGGCCGACACGAUCCGAACAGUACUUAUUACUGGCACCGUCGAACAACUAUACAGCGGGUAUAGAAGAAUUGGACGAAUUCAACGAGUCACCACACGUGGUACACAGCGACACGGUGGCGCUCACCAUCGCCGAGAGCAUCAACGCGGAAGACGAAGACGUGUUAUUUACGCGGCCCUCGCACAAAAACACCACCACAUUCUCAUAGCAGAAACCAGUUGACCAGCAUAGUCACGGCAGGUAUCUGUCACGGCAGAUGCCACGUGACUCCAGCGUGUUAAAGCGGAUACGUAGGAAGUUCUAGAAAAGUCAUCAGUUGUACACGGUUUGUCUUUUAAUGGGAACAGAACAUUUGGCUCGGGCAGUUUUUGAACAAGCAUGAACAACAUGUCUUAUACAUUACGAUUUUCAGAAGUUGAUGAUUUCCAACGAUCUAUUUGAGUAUUGUUUUCGAAAGUUUACAACGUUUUUAUUAUUUUGUGGCUGCUAUGUUUUUUGUAUGUGGUAGAAGUUGACAAAAUGCUACUUACGGACAAAAUAAAUGAAUAAUCCCGAAAGCUAUUUCCAGAUCUCGAAAAUAUACUAAGGAGAUAAACAGCCGUUUUCGAUAAUCGAUAUCAAUUUUAAUGUUCGACCCGAUCUCAAAAAAAAAAAACAA